UGGUCGUAGGGUUGGUAACUCACAAUGAAGUUAUUUCAGCGGCAAAUAUACCCGUUCACUGGGAAGGGAUCGAAGACAAAGAAAGCGGCAUUAAAAUGCUGGAGGUCGGGGUCAGUGCAAAGGACACAUACGAUGAGGUCAUUCCCUUUCAGCGUUGUCAGGGAAACUCGGUCGUCCUGACAAACACAUCAGCACUGACAGGAGGUCACGCCUACAUUAUUCUUGUCAAGUCUACCAAUGGAGCCGGCUUGUUUACACUGACGUCAUCAAAACCCUUCGUUGUGGACAGUUCUCCUCCGGGUCCCGGGAUGGUGUGGAGCAGCGAGCGCUCGUCAAGCGAGCACCGGUCAUACAGCCAAGACAUCGGGCAAUACCCGGUAUAUUGGUCGGGGUUCCAUGACCCAGAAUCGGCCUGGCCUUCUUUAGGAUUGGACUCGGCUCUGAACCUUUUGAAACUGACAUCGAGUCUUUUUGUCUACGUGGGAUUACGAACAUUAGGUCUCAGAUUCUUACACUUGCUAUUGCCAGCUGGCGCAUAG